GAGCCUUACAAAGAGUCACGAGACACAAGAGUGAUCAUGGGGAGAUGAGAAAGUAGAAGUUAACCAGCAAACAGCUGCGGUUAAUGAAGGAUUCGCUGACACUUUAGAGCAGCGAUUUACAAGCGGCUACCAUGGCUAACAUUACCAAGAAAGUGUCGUGGUCCAGCCGAACUGACGAGUCCGCGGCAGCCGGGGAGGGGACUCCGCUGCUCAACGGCUCCGAGCAGCCCAGACAGCUGUCUGGAGGAGGUACUACAUUUCAGAUAGGCAGAUUCGACACGUUGGACUUGGAAGAGGAGAUAACAACGGAGGAGCAGGACUCUGCGAGGGGGCGGCCCAAAGAAAUCCCUCACAAUGAGAAGCUGCUGUCACUUAAAUAUGAGAGUCUGGACUAUGAUAACAUUGAAAACCAGCUGUUUCUUGAAGAGGAGAGAAGGAUGAGUUUCAUGGGUUUCCGCUGUCUUGAGAUCAGCCGUUGGGUGGUUUGCGGUCUGAUUGGCUUUCUAACCGGCCUCAUCGCCUGUUUUAUAGACAUCGUGGUAGAAGAGCUGGCUGGGAUUAAAUACCAAGUGAUCAAAGAGAACAUUGUAAAGUUUACAGAAACAGGUGGCCUGUCCAUCUCUCUCAUCCUCUGGGCUGUCCUCAACUCCUCCUUUGUCAUGUUGGGAGCCAUCAUUGUUGCGUUCUUUGAGCCUAUAGCGGCGGGAAGUGGAAUCCCUCAGAUAAAAUGUUACCUAAAUGGAGUGAAGAUUCCCAGGGUGGUACGAUUAAAGACACUGGUGGUGAAGGUUUGUGGUGUGAUCUGUUCAGUGGUCGGUGGUCUUGCUGUUGGAAAGGAAGGCCCCAUGAUUCACUCUGGGGCUGUUGUGGCUGCAGGGGUCUCCCAGGGCAGGAGCACCUCCUUAAAGAGAGACUUUAAGAUAUUUGAAUACUUCCGGAGAGACACAGAAAAAAGGGAUUUUGUUUCUGCUGGAGCUGCUGCUGGAGUUUCUGCUGCUUUUGGAGCACCAGUUGGUGGGGUUUUGUUCUCUCUGGAGGAAGGAGCUUCUUUCUGGAACCAGAUGUUGACAUGGAGGAUUUUCUUUGCCUCCAUGAUCUCCACCUUCACUCUGAACUUCUUCCUCAGUAUCUAUCACAACAAAACAGGGGAUCUUUCCAAUCCAGGUCUCAUCAACUUUGGACGCUUUGAAAGUGAAAGUAUGGAGUACAACCUCUAUGAGAUUCCCUUGUUCAUUGCUAUGGGGGCUAUUGGUGGAAUUUUGGGAGCUCUGUUCAAUAUACUCAACUACUGGCUGACAAUCUUCAGGAUCAGAUACGUUCAUCGCCCAUGUUUACAAGUGAUGGAGGCCAUGUUGGUUGCUGCAGUGACCGCGACAGUGUCUUUCACCAUGAUUUAUUUCUCUAAUGACUGUCAGCCUCUUGAUCAAGACCACACUGAGGAAUAUCCACUGCAGUUGUUCUGUGCAGAUGGGGAGUACAACUCCAUGGCAACAGCCUUCUUCAACACCCCUGAGAGAAGUGUGCGUAGCCUCUUUCACAAUCAGCCAGGAACGUACAAUCCUCUGACGCUGGGUUGUUUCACUCUGACCUAUUUCUUUCUGGCCUGUUGGACCUAUGGCCUGUCGGUGUCUGCUGGAGUCUUCAUCCCGUCUCUGCUGAUCGGAGCAGCCUGGGGGAGGCUGUGUGGAAUAUUGCUUGCCUCAAUAAAACCAGACGCCUCGAUCUGGGCUGAUCCUGGUAAAUACGCCUUGAUUGGAGCAGCGGCUCAGUUAGGGGGCAUUGUGAGAAUGACUCUCAGUUUGACUGUCAUCAUGGUGGAGGCGACCGGAAACGUCACGUACGGCCUUCCAAUCAUGCUCGUUCUCAUGACUGCCAAGAUAGUAGGGGAUUACUUUCAAGAGGGUUUAUAUGAUAUCCAUAUCAAGCUGCAGAGUGUUCCCUUCCUACACUGGGAGGCUCCCGCCACCUCCCACUGGCUCACUGCCAGGGAGGUGAUGAGUUCUCCAGUCACCUGUUUGAACAGGAUCGAGAAGGUGGGAACCAUCGUAGACAUCCUUAGCAACACAUCAACCAAUCACAACGGCUUCCCUGUCGUCGUACAGGUUUCCAAUAAUGAUGAGCCGGAGAAACUCUGUGGCCUCAUCCUCCGCUCUCAGCUCAUCGUUCUUCUCAAGCACAAGGUGUUUGUGGAGUUGGCCAGGUCCCGGCUGACUCAGAGGAAGCUCCAGCUGAAAGACUUCCGGGACGCCUACCCUCGCUUCCCCCCGAUCCAGAGCAUCCACGUCUCCCAGGAUGAGAGGGAGUGUAUGAUGGACCUGACAGAGUUUAUGAACCCAACGCCUUACACCGUUCCCCAGGAAACAUCUUUGCCUCGUGUGUUUAAGCUGUUUAGAGCACUGGGACUCAGACACCUGGUGGUAGUAGAUGAUGAGAACAGGGUGGUUGGACUGGUGACCAGGAAAGACUUGGCCAGAUAUCACUUGGGUAAACACGGGCUGGAGGAACUUCAACUGGCUCAGACAUAGUACACACAUGCACGCACACACCCAUGAACUAUAACCACCUGAUGCCUCAGAAGCUGCCUACCACCAGCUGUGCAGCCACAAAGGAUACCUUCAAGGCUCCAGAUGUUUUUUUUUCUUUGGGUGAUAUAAAGAAUAACUACUCUGUUAAAUCUAUGUGCGAUUAGAAGGAUUCUGGUUUGUAGUUUCUUCAAGACCUUUUAUUAUUUACUUUUUUUGUGCUGACUCAUGACAUGUUUAGUUUCUUAUAUUUAUCCAUUUUUCUUGUGGCUUCCGCAUGUUUUGUGCCCUGUGGUCGUACAUGUUUCCCAACCCAAUUACAUUUAUCUGGGCCAAGUGACCCAAUGACAGAAUCCCUUUAAAUGAAAGACACUUUGUGCAUGAUUUCCUCUUCAGCAUUGAAUCUUCACAGUAGCCUGAUGUAUGAGACGAAUCCAGACUGCAGCAGCUGAGUGGCUUACACUGCUGUGGUUGAAUAUUUAAAGAUGAUUAUGCCCCCUUCUUUUUUUUUUUUUUUAAUGUUUGCAAUCAAAUUUGGCUAAUGAUUUUGUGAACCUGCAGGCAGUCACACAAGCUCACAUAUUGGCUUAGGCUACGAUGUACAUGCCCUGCACAAUUAUAAAUCAAGUUUUAGUUGGUAAAUGGAAACCUUUCUGCUUUAUGACAAAAACCUUCACAACCCAGUCCCAUUCUGCCUCAUCUCCAUCACCUUAACACUAGAUAGUUACUUCGUUAUGAAAUAACUAUAAUAAUCUGUUAUGAAGAUGCAGUUAAAUAAUAGUAAUUGAUUAAAUAUAUUUUAAAGUGGCGGAGAUGUGGGCUUUUGAUGUCCUGCUACUGAAUAGUGAGACAUUUGAAGUGGUUUUCUUAGAAAAACGUGUUCAUGUUCAGAGUUGGGAUUUUAUCUCACUGACCAUGUAAAAUUUUAAUGUAAUCCAUGUUUGUGAAGCUUUGCACUGAGAAAAUGCGGUUAUUUAUUGUUGUUAGUAAAUGCUUGUUUUAAUUUAAGAUUAAGGGGAUGGAUUGAGCUCAUGUAUGGUCAGAGCCUGGGUUUUACAUCCCACGAUUCAUCCUUUUUUGAUGUUUAUUAUUAGGAAUAAAGAAAAUGCUUGAACAUCUGUGCAGUUACAGAGUCAUAUCCUCCAUCUGUCUUUCUGUUAGCUCUGUUGAGGAAGUAUACACAAAUUAUGAGUAAAAACCAGCUUGCUUGUUAAACGUACGAUAAUUUUAAGUUAUUUCUAAAGGUGUGCACUUUGAUCUCCUACUGAAGAAAAUUUUGAAGUUUUGAAGUUCCCAAAAGUGUCUUCCUUAUGAAACUGUAUGAAUGUCUUUGAACAGAUGUCCACACUGUUAUCCAGAGAUGCAGAAUAGUUUUUUGAUUACUUUGUAGAUUUGACAUUUCUUUAAUAAUCAGUGUUAGUUUUCUUUUUUUUUUGUGCACUUCAUUUGGAUGAUUUAAUUUUGUUUCCUACCUGAUUUAGUUGUGAAUGAUGUAAAAUAAAGUCAAGUUUUCUCUCUUUUAUAACCACUGGAUAAGCCUUUUGUGAAAUAAUAAAGUGGAAAUCUAUCUAUUGUUAGAUUUCUUUGUACAUUU